AGCGCUGGGUGUCAAUAAUGCUGAAUAUUUCUGACUCCUAGGUCCUUUCCACUCCAGUACCGGUAAUGUCUCAGCCCGGUAUGAGACGGAUAUCACUCCAGCUGGUUGGACCUUCUCUAUCUGGGGUGUUAUCUACACCUGGCUGACCCUGAUGGUCAUUUUCAUCACUUCAUUUGUCUGCAGAGGAUCCUGGGCUCAGUGUCUGCUGCCGUACGCCUUCUAUUUCUGCUGGCUGCUCAGCAUGACCACCAACAUGACUUGGCUCCUGCUGUGGGAUAGGGAGUUGAUGCUGGCCGCUCUGGUUGUGUUGAUCUGCAUUGUGAUUUCCAACUAUGGUGCUUUGUUCUUCUGUUGCUUCGCAACAGAUUAUUAUGGGAUGUGGUUGCAGACGUAUCACCGUAAAACUCUGGCCUGUCUCAGGAUUCUGGUCCAGAACGGAUUGACGGUCUAUGCUACAUGGACAUCUAUUGCCUCUCUGAUCAACUUCUGUGUGGUUCUUCAUCUGUGGGGGGUUGAGAAGAGCACGGCGGCCACGGCGUGUCUGUGUAUCCUGUUUGCAGAGGUGGUGGGAUGGUUCAUUCUAGAAAACUGGGUUCUGGACCGCUGGACCAGAAACAUUCUGAAUGUCUACCCUGUGGUGAUCGUUGCUCUGGUUGGAAUCCUCUACAAACAUUUUAACCCAGCUGAUCCCACCCCAAAUUCUGUCUUUACUGGUGAGUUUAACAUCAUGAACACACACCGACUGUCCACUUUAUCAGGUCCACCUUCUAGUACCGGGUUGGACCCCCUCUUUCCUCCAGAACUGCCUUAAUUCUUCGUGGCAUAG